CAACAUGGCGCCGUGGUUGACAAAGCUUUGACAGCCCGUUUGAACUUUAUUGAGCUUUUUAUUGAUAUUUAUGUUUAGUUUUACAUGACGAUGUAUACCCUACCGAACUUUUGCCGUGUUUGCCUCAAAUACGACAAGAAUCUCAUCGAUUUAGAGCACAUAGAAAAUGAGCCGAGUGAAACUUUAAUGAGUAAACUUCAGCAGUGUGUAUCUGAAGUGGAAUGGAAGGUUUUCAAGCCGCUGCUGUGCCACCCUUGCAUAAAGCGCUUGAACAUCGCUUACAUGUUCAAAAAACAAUGCGUCCAAUCCGCCACUAUGCUGAAGAGUUACGUGGCUUUAUUGACCAAAAACAAGGAGUCGGAGUCGAGCAAGAACGACGCGGGGCAGUCCAACGCGUACAUGAUGCUCCCGAACCAGAAAUACAUCAAAAUCGUGGUGGGCCCCCAGAACCAGAACACCUACCAGAACGUGUUCCUCAACGUGGUGCCGACGCCCUCGCUUAACCCGAUCGGGUCGCCGGAGAACACCAAAAGCAAGGACACGAACCAGAACGUGUUCCUCAACAUCAACAACACGUUCCAGAAGUAUGUUCCUAUGUCGCCCGAAUCGUCCAAGAACCUCAGCGUGAGUCAGCUGCUGACUGAAAGUAAGAGCGAGGAGCUGAGCGUGGAGAUCGACCCCACGGAUUUCGGGCUCGGCGACGAGUGUUGCUCCGAAGACGACGAAAGUCAAGGUGAGAACGGCGUGAACGACUGGGAGGAUGUUAUUUCGGCGAUGAAGAUCGCGUCGCGCACGAACGGGACUCCGAAUGGUAAACACGCCGAGGCGAAAGGCUCCUUCAGCAACUACGUUCCUAUUUUACCAAAACAAGACGACAAUUUUAGUAGUUCAGGUGAACAUUUCCUUUCCCCGCAGUUGUUUUCGUCGCUGGAUUUUAACUGUGAGACUUGUCAGAAGCAGUUUUCGUCCAGGGUGACGCUGAAGCAUCAUAUUAAGAAUUUUCACAUGGGGAAAUUUCCAUUCAAGUGUGACUACUGCUGCAACCAGUUUAUCGUCCGGGCUGAGUAUGAAGCUUGCAUGAAGUACCACAAGGGGGAGUCGGAUCCUUUGGACACGUCUUUGACUUUGAACGAUUUUAAGAACGAGCCUCCACCGAGCGAGAGGCCCGCGACUGAGCAAGAAACUACGAAAGAAUCGACUGAUUUAACUUGUGAGAUUUGCCAUAGACAGUUUAAUAGUCCUUCGGGGCUGUUGAGACACAAAGUUCGCAAACACAACCAGAAGAGUAAAAAGAAGUACUUUAUUAAAGGGAUGAAGAACGCCAAGUGUGAUAUUUGUAAUCGAGAAUUCUCAACGCAGUCGUACAUGCAGUUGCACAGGAAACUGCACUUGCGCGACGAUAUCGGUUAUAAAUAUAAAGUAUUCGGUAGGAAUAGAUACGCAAAGGGCGAGGAGGAGAAGGAGAAGGUGAACGUGAAGAAGGAGACGGAGUCGGACGAGGAAAAAGUACAGGACGUAGAAAAAAAAUCGGACAAUCAAGACGACAACAAAAUGAGCAAUAAUGAAGAAGAAAUGGAAAUAGAAAUGGACAUCGUGAAAGAAGAGCCCAGAGUGGAGGAAGAGUCAACUUCAGAUAACGGAAGCGAAAACUGAGCCUUAAAAUUUUAUAUUACAGAUUUUGAUAACAGAAAGGGCACCACGUGAGUUUUAUUUUAUAUUUUAUACCGAAAGUAUUUUGUUUAACGUAAUUGUAUUAAAACAUGUACAAUUGUCAGUUGAGGAUUCGUCCUCUGUUCCUGAAGAUGUCUCAUAGCCUGUAACACCAAGCGAAUCAAAAUGAUACUGCAAUAUUUUGUGUAAUAGAUAGAUUUCGUUGUAUGGGUGUCAGCACCCCUCGAAUAUAAAGGCACAGUUAUUAAUUUUAAACAAAAGCAUUAAUUUGUCCACUAUAUUUAUUUCAAUUCGUAGGAUAAGUCUUAAGCAUCAAUUAGUUUUUGUAUAUAUCAAUAUGUAUUCAAUUUUAAUUCUCUAGAUUAGGCGCGAUUUUAUACUUUCCUUUCUUGAACUGAUUAUUACGUAAUUUGCAAAACCAAAAAAAUUAGUUUAAAAACUCGGACACUGUACUGUUAAUGAUAAGCUUGUAGUAAUUAUUUUCGAUUUUUAAGCUUUAAAACUCAUUUCGAAUUUUAUCCUCAUUUACUUACCACCCACU